CCUAAAAUAAGGGAGACUAAAAUCAGAUAUGGCGGACUCCUUCUCAGAGGCCAGUAUAACACUACUGUGUAAUGAUUGGCUCUUUGUGUAAGGAAGUGAUCUCAUUGGUAGAGCAGGUGCAGUGUGAAAGCCCCUUUCUUUCGCUGCACCUGCGCCUGUAUCACCCUACCUGUUCAACCUGCCCUCUCGCCUUCCUGAUAGGCACACCUCCCCCCAACCCCCACUGCUCUUGUUAGCGGAACUACCUGGUUUCACAGCGGGGGCAAGUUCCUUGUACAAACAAGCAAACUGUCCUCAACUAAACAGAGAGAAAACCAGUCUGCUAAUGGGAUAAAAUCCACCUGUGCCAUUGACUGUUAGUCUUUUUGCCGUGUCGUGAAUAGAAACAAUCUUCAAGGUGUUGUCAUCUGUCUGAAAUCUCUGAGUUUGAGCGGCGUGUCAGAGUUCAAUCCAGGCUGUUGAGGAACUACUGAAUGGGCUAAACAUGGGGUCAGAUGACGCUUAUAAUUUUGUCUUUAAGGUGGUUCUGAUUGGCGAGUCCGGUGUGGGCAAAAGCAACCUGCUGUCACGCUUCACCAAAAACGAGUUCAACCAUGACAGUCGCACCACUAUUGGAGUGGAGUUCAGCACCAGGACUGUGCAGCUGAACGGUCUUACCAUCAAGGCCCAGAUCUGGGACACAGCUGGCCUGGAGCGCUACAGGGCAAUCACCUCAGCUUACUACAGGGGUGCAGUGGGAGCCCUGCUUGUCUAUGACAUUUCAAAACACCUCACCUACGAGAGUGCAGCACGGUGGCUGAAGGAGCUGUAUGAUCAUGCAGACCCUCACAUAGUCGUGAUGCUGGUGGGAAACAAGUCUGACCUGGCAGAGGAGCGGUCAGUUUCCACAGAGGAUUCCAAGAGCUUUGCAGAAGAGAAUGGCCUGUUGUUCAUGGAGACCUCUGCCUUAGAGUCCACAAACGUUGAGGUUGCAUUUAACAACGUCCUUGCUGAGAUCCACAAGAAAGUGUCCAGCAGAGAAGUGACCAGAGGCUCAAUCAGUGCUGUGACGUUGUCCAGCCCAAAUGCACUGUCCACAAAUACUGAGGAGAAGAAACCAUGUUGCAAAAAUGUAUGAAAAAGUGUCUAACCCUUAAAGUUCAAGAAUCUCCGCUGAAAGAGUCUUUGUCUUACACACAGCAUUCACCCACAAAGUCAAGCUAGAUUUUGAAAAAUGUUCUUCAAAUAAUGUCAUGUUAUAUGAUGCCACAUUCAUUUUCAUUGACUAGAAAGAAUAAAUGAUAUGCUGUUAAGACGCUUACAUCGGGUGAUCGCAGUCAGAGGCAUUAUAGCCUUUUGUUUGGCAGAGUUUAAGGCUUGUUAUGAAAGGGAAGGAAGUUAAUAUGUUUCUCUGUCAUUUUUAUGUUCUGGUAAAUAUGAUCCACACUGUCCUGUUUUUCACAGUAUCGAGAACAGUGGCUUGUCAAUGCACAGGUUUAAAAUUUAGCCAAACUGAUGUUCAUCUUUACAAUUCUGUUCAAUUGAUUUAAUUGAUUAAGUCUGAUUUGUUUUUCCCAUCUUUACAAGAAAUUAUUCUUGUCAUAUAUCAUUUUGCAUUUAGGCCAACGCAUUUAUCAAUCUACAUUGUGUAUCUGAAACUAUAUUAAAGUAAAUCAUUGUUGUAUGAUAUUCAUGCAAAUUGUAUCAAUAAAUAUGACACUAUUCAAUAUAA